GUGGUCAACAGGGGAAGAAAAGAACAGAAAAACACCUCAGUUCAGAGUGAAGGGUAUAAGUGUGCACUGUAAAGUAACUAAGUGCGUGGUGUGAAGUAUAUAAGUGUUGAGAAGGAGGACUUAAGAAGCGAUACAAAGCGGAAUAGGUCAAAAGAAGAAGAAGGUGGUGGCAAGUUGGCAACACUGACGCAGCACAACAAACCCCCUGUGCUCCGCCCUGCCCGAGACACGCCCGUGAGCCCAAAUUAUUAUCCUCGGGGGCGCCCUGGGGGAGGAUGAGCGCUGAGCAAGGCUACUGAUAUACCACUGAAGCUUGUACAUCACCAUGGAGGACGAGCUGCCGACGGAGUAUGACGUGAUCGUGGUGGGAACUGGGCUGGUGGAGUGUGUUGUGGCAGCAGCAGCAGCAAGAAUAGGCAAAAAGGUUCUUCACAUUGACAAGAAUGACUACUAUGGGGUCCAGUGGGCUUCAUUUACUCUGAAGGGAGCCCAGCAAUGGGUGGAGGCAGUCACUGCUCCACCUUCAGUUGUUCCAUCAGGUGAAUGUGAGCUGGGGGAAGGGGAGCAGCUGGUGAAUACAAUCAACCCAUCCCACGACUACUCCAGAGUGAAGCAGACCUGGCAUGUCCCCGAAACGAAACCACUGCCUAGUCCCACUGCACCUCAAGUGGAAGCUGCUGGCCAGGAGGAGGGCACUGCAGCAGAGGGGGCAGCACAAGGCACACCAGAAGAGGCACCACAAGACCCAGCACAGGACACACCAGAAGAUUCAACCAAGGAGCAGCCACAGGAAGCAACACCUUCUAACAAAAACAAUGCUGCCGAAGAAUCAGGAGAGGAGAAGGCUGAGGCGAGAAAGCAGUGGUCUCAGGAAGAACUGCUAAACUUGAGCAGGAAGUUUAACCUGGACUUGGCGCCGAAGCUCCUGUACUCUCGAGGCCCCAUGGUGGAGCUCCUCAUCUCCUCUAACAUUGCCAGAUAUGUGGAGUUCAAAUGUAUCUCUCGGGUGCUGACUUGGCGUGAAGGGGACAGGGACAACCUCUUGGUGGUUCCAUGCUCUCGCAGCGAUGUCUUCACCACCUCUGCCGUCAGCCUGGUGGAGAAACGCCUUCUCAUGAAGUUCCUAGAGUUCUGUCACGAGUUUGACCAGCAUCUAGAACAGGUGGAAGAAUACCUCGACAAGACAUUCGUGGACUUCCUUCGGUCAAGAAAGCUGACCGACAACCUCAUCCACUUUGUGACGGAGGCCAUCGGCAUGGUGGAGGAGGGGGCUGGGUGUCGAGAGGGACUGGAGCGCACCAAAGUCUUCCUCACCAGCUUGGGACGCUACGGGACCACUCCAUUUCUGUUCUCGAUGUAUGGCAGCGGGGAGCUCCCUCAGGCCUUCUGCAGGCUGUGUGCUGUUUUUGAGGGCAUCUACAUCCUCCGCAAGCCUGUCUCCUCCUUAGUUGUUCAUGGCCCAUCCAACACCUGCCGAGGCCUCUUGUCUGAAGGCCAAAGGUUUACAUGCAGUCACCUGGUCAUGAGUGUUUCUUCAGCCCCUCAAGAGUAUUUGCCACAAAGCGGACCAGCCGGCAGCGUGUCCCGGGCAAUCUUCCUGACUGACAGGUCCAUCCUGCCACAUGAGAAGGAGCAGCUGACUUUGCUACGCCUGCCAGCCAAGGACGGCAACCCACAGCCUGUUACCGUAGUGGAAGUGGGACCGGGGACAAAUGUCUGUCCCAAGGGCCUUUACUGUGUGCACAUGACCUGCCAAGGCAAGGACGCGGAGAGUGACCUGCAAGUGGCUGUGACGAGGCUCCUCACAACAAAUUCGGACAACACCAAACCCAAGAUUGUGUGGAGCCUCUUCUUCAACCAGGCUGACUACAGUAGCUGUGACCUGGGGGCUUCCACUCCAACCAACCUCUAUCUGUGCCCUGGACCCAACACUGAUCUGGACUAUGAUUUAGCGAUUGAACAGGCCCGUUCCAUCUUCGGACGAAUGUUCCCUGGAGAAGACUUCCUGCCCAGAGCACCAGACCCAGAUGAGAUCGCCUUUGACAACCAGGGAACAGAACCCAAGCAAGGGGACACCUUUGAAGGGAAGGGAAGUGCCGAAGGGGAAGAAGUCAAGGCUCAAGGGGAGGGUGCUAAUACUGAGGAUGGUCUUAAGGAGCAAGGGAAGGAUACCAAUGUUGAGGAGGGCAAUAAGGAGGAGGGAAAAGAGGAAACAGUCAAGGAAAAGAGUGAAAAUGAGGAAGGGGAGGAGUAGUCUAAUUCAUAUGGUAGGACUGAUAUAUAUGAAGAGGUGUACUGAAGAAAGUUUAAAACCUUGUAUCCCAUUCCAUCAUCCUCACCAUUUAUUGUUGAAGAACUUUUGAGAGUCUGAAAGGUGAUAUUCAAAUGCCUAAUGAACACACACACACACACACACACACACACACACACACACACACACACACACACACACACACACACACACACACACACACACAUUUGAGAAACUAUGUGAUAAAAUGUGAUAAAAUACAGGGCACUAUAAACUUGACUGAUUCCUGUAAAAAGCGAAUAGAUUAGAACACACACACACACACACACACACACACACACACACACACACACACACACACACACACACACACACACA